AUGCACUCCCGGUACCUUGUCUCUGGUCUUCCCAGGGUUCUCCCUCCUCUCCCACCCUCGCCUGCUCCUCCCAGUCUUCCCUGUGUCGACGGGCGGCAGCGCGCCACUCCUCACUCCUCCUCGUUCCCUCCCACAGAGGCUCCCCUGCAGACUCUCCACCUGGACGUGUGGGGCCCAGCCCGCGUCCGUGGACAGGGCCACGAGCAGUACUUCCUGCUGGUCGUCGACGACUACACGCGCUACACCACAGUCUUCCCCUUGCGCACCAAGGGUGAGGUCCCUGAUGUUUUGAUCCCUUGGAUCCGCGCUGCUCGUCUCCAACUCCGCGAGCGGUUCCAGUCGGACUUUCCCGUCCUGCGUCUGCACUCUGACAGGGAUUGUGAGUUUUCCUCCGACCUCUUGGCAGCCUACUGUGCGGAGCAUGGCAUCCGCCAGACGUUCACACUUCCGGCCUCUCCACAGCAGAAUGGGGUUGCUGAGCGCCGCAUUGGCUUAGUCAUGGAGGUCGCUCGUACCUCCAUGAUCCAUGCGGAUGCCCCCCAUUUCCUGUGGCCGUUUGCAGUGCAGUACGCUGUGCAUCAGCUCAACCUCUGGCCUCGUGUCUCUGCUCCGGAGACCUCGCCCACACUGCAUUGGACGGGGGAGGUUGGCGAUGCGUCGGUGUUCCGAGUCUGGGGAUGUCGAGCCUUUGUCCGCGAUACGUCCGCGGACAAGCUCUCCCCCCGUACCGUAGACCCGGUCGAGCCUGUCGAGGUAGCAGUCGACUCUGGUCCUGCGAUGGGUACUGCGUCUGGGGGUGCUGAGACUGGGGGCUAG